UCCCUACUUUUUUUUUGGUAACAGGACAAGAUCAAAUCAACAUGUCUAAAAAGAGGGACAGCUCUCAGUCACCAUUAUCACCAAGAAAAAUGAAAACAAACACUUCAUCUUUUAGAUCAUCAAAACAGCAAAAUGCACCUAACAUCACAGAGCCAUGUGUGGUACUUUCAACAUAUCAGAAUGCUGCAUCUCAUAUCGAAAUAAUUGGUGAAGAAAAUGCAGGUUGUCCAGUCUCUAUUCAUUUCUACUCUAGAAAUCCACAAGAUGUAUAUCAAAAGAACGGAGACAGAGAUUCCUAUACUAUCAAUAAUAUGACAUUCCCACUUUCAAUUGUUGGCCAGGAAAAUGAAAUCAUUCAAGAAAUGAAUUCAAAAUUUCCACUGACAGGGAAACUGAAAGAAGUAAUGGAGUUGACUGAUGUGUAUUUUGACUCCUUAUGUAACCUGAGAUGGUUUCCCAGAGCAAAAGCAAAAGAUGGACAUUGGAAAAUAACCGCAGAGCCUGUUCAAAUUCAGUUGCCAAAAGAAAACAGUGUACUUGACACAACAAUUGGAUGUCUUCUCCAAGAGAUGAUCACAAGCAUCCAAACUGCUUACGUGAAUAGAAUGGGUAAUCGUCAAGCUGUACAAGCUUGGAAUAAAAUGCUCUCUUUAAUAUGGCUACAUCCUUUGGAAAGAGGAAAACGAAGACAGUGUAUUGUAGGGGAAUCAAGAAGCCUCUUGGACUUUUACAGCUGUAAAUUAAAGAACGUGAAGAACUGUUUGCAACCAAAUAAAGGUGGUAAUCCAAAUUUAAACAGUGAAAUUGGCAGUGGCAGCUUUGAUUCUAAUGCCAAAGAUUGUGAAAAUGCAAUGUCUAAGCAGUAUACAGGGGCAGUUCAUACGAGUGUGUAUGAGAAAGGUGGAAGUUCACUGCCAACUAUUAAAUCUAAAAGUCCAGACUUAGUUAUUUGUGAUGAAGAUGGGACAAUGGUUCCAAAAUGCAUCGCUGUUGUAGAAAUUAGAUCAGAAUUAGAAAAGUAUCAGCAAGAUAGAGCAGAACGACAGGUCGUUGAAUACAUGCUCUGUCAUUUACGUUUCCAGUCUAAAAUACUUGGUGUUCUUGUGUUGUCAACAGGUUUCAAGUUGUUCAAGGCAGUAAAGAAUAGGAGUACAAAAAGAAUAAGAAUAAUUCAGAGCCAAUUUUCUAUUGUGGAUGAUUCUAAGGAAGAUAACUUUAGAACUGAUAUUUUCAAAAAAUUCAUUCAUCACUUGGUUGCAGCUUGUGAAGACAUUAGCAAUGAUAUUAACAUUUUGGAAGGAAAGUCUAGAUCUAUUUCUGUAAAAUCGUGAUAUUGAGUGUAAAAGGCUGGAAUAAAGAAAAAAAAUGUAAUUGUUUACACAGAUAGUUUAUAUGCUUCAUCAAGAAAUGUUAGAAGGCCCUUGUUUGUCCAUUCAUUUACAUGAUAUACAUACAAACAAAAUGUUUUUCCUUAUUUA